UCCCCGCCGCAGCUCCCUCCACUACACCUCACCCAGGCACUGGGACCUCGGGUGGCCGCCUGCCCCGAGCCGAGGCUGCACCUGUGAAGAGGUUGGGCACCCUGUCCUCCCGGCACGGCAGGCAGGAUGGGCGACAUGGCCAACAGCUCCAUCGAGUUCCACCCCAAGCCCCAGCAGCAGCGGGAGGCCCCCCACGCGGGCGGCUUUGGGUGCACACUGGCUGAGCUGCGUGCCCUCAUGGAGCUCCGAGGAGCUGAGGCGCUGCAGAAGGUCCAGGAAGCCUACGGGGAUGUCAGUGGGCUCUGCAGGAGGCUGAAGACCUCGCCCACAGAGGGCCUGGCCAACAAUGCCAAUGACUUAGAGAAGCGCAGGCAGAUCUACGGGCAGAACUUUAUCCCUCCCAAGCAGCCCAAGACCUUCCUGCAGCUGGUGUGGGAGGCCCUGCAGGACGUGACCCUGAUCAUCCUGGAGGUGGCUGCCAUUGUCUCCCUGGGCCUUUCGUUCUAUGCGCCGCCGGGGGAGGAGAGCGAAGCAUGCGGGAAUGUGUCAGCUGGGGCAGAAGACGAAGGGGAGGCCGAGGCAGGCUGGAUCGAGGGAGCCGCCAUCCUGUUGUCGGUCACCUGCGUGGUUCUGGUCACGGCCUUCAAUGACUGGAGCAAGGAGAGGCAGUUCCGGGGCCUGCAGAGCCGCAUCGAGCAGGAACAGAGGUUCUCGGUCAUCCGGGAUGGCCAGCUGCUGCAGGUCCCCGUGGCCGCACUCGUGGUGGGAGACAUUGCCCAGGUCAAGUACGGAGACCUGCUGCCUGCUGAUGGCGUGCUCAUCCAAGGCAAUGACCUCAAGAUCGAUGAGAGCUCCCUGACAGGCGAGUCAGACCACGUGCGCAAAUCAGCUGACAAAGACCCCAUGCUGCUCUCAGGUACUCAUGUCAUGGAAGGUUCUGGAAGAAUGGUGGUGACUGCCGUUGGUGUGAACUCCCAGACAGGCAUCAUCUUUACCUUGCUCGGAGCCGGUGGAGAGGAAGAGGAGAAGAAAGAUAAGAAAGGCAAGCAGCAGGAUGGGGCGAUGGAGAGUAGCCAGACCAAAGCUAAGAAGCAGGACGGGGCAGUUGCCAUGGAAAUGCAGCCCCUGAAGAGCGCGGAGGGCGGGGAGAUGGAGGAACGGGAGAAGAAGAAAGCCAGCGUGCCCAAGAAGGAGAAGUCGGUCCUGCAGGGCAAGCUCACCAAACUGGCCGUGCAGAUUGGGAAGGCAGGCCUGGUCAUGUCUGCCAUCACUGUCAUCAUCCUGGUCCUCUACUUUGUGAUUGAGACCUUCGUCGUCGACGGCCGGGUGUGGCUGGCGGAGUGCACGCCCGUCUAUGUGCAGUACUUUGUGAAGUUUUUCAUCAUCGGCGUCACUGUGCUGGUUGUGGCCGUCCCGGAGGGCCUGCCUCUGGCUGUCACCAUCUCCUUAGCUUACUCUGUCAAGAAAAUGAUGAGGGACAACAACCUGGUCCGUCACCUGGAUGCCUGUGAGACCAUGGGAAACGCCACCGCCAUCUGCUCGGACAAGACGGGCACACUCACCACCAACCGUAUGACCGUGGUCCAGUCCUACCUCGGGGACACCCACUACAAAGAGGUUCCAGCCCCCAGCACCCUGACCCCCAAGAUCCUCGACCUCCUGGUCCACGCCAUCUCCAUCAACAGUGCCUACACCACCAAAAUACUACCUCCAGAGAAGGAAGGCGGUCUCCCCCGCCAAGUGGGCAACAAGACCGAGUGUGCUCUGCUGGGCUUUGUCCUGGACCUGAAGCGGGACUUCCAGCCUGUGCGGGAGCAGAUUCCAGAAGAUAAGCUUUACAAAGUCUACACCUUCAACUCGGUCCGCAAGUCCAUGAGCACGGUCAUCCGCAUGCCUGACGGCGGCUUCCGCCUCUUCAGCAAGGGCGCCUCGGAGAUCCUGCUGAAAAAGUGCAGCAACAUCAUAAACAGCUUCGGUGAGCUGCGUGGCUUUCGCCCUCGGGACCGGGACGACAUGGUGAAGAAGAUCAUCGAGCCCAUGGCGUGCGACGGCCUCCGCACCAUAUGUAUUGCCUACCGGGAUUUCUCUGCCGCUCAGGAGCCCGACUGGGACAAUGAGAACGAGGUCGUGGGCGACCUCACCUGCAUAGCUGUCGUGGGCAUCGAGGACCCCGUGCGGCCCGAGGUCCCUGAAGCUAUCCGCAAAUGCCAGCGUGCUGGCAUCACAGUGCGCAUGGUGACCGGGGACAACAUCAACACAGCCAGGGCCAUCGCGGCCAAGUGUGGCAUCAUCCAGCCCGGGGAGGACUUCUUGUGCCUGGAGGGGAAGGAGUUCAACCGGCGCAUCCGCAACGAGAAAGGCGAGAUAGAACAGGAGCGUCUGGACAAGGUGUGGCCCAAGCUGAGGGUCCUCGCCCGAUCGUCUCCCACCGACAAACAUACUCUGGUCAAAGGGAUCAUCGACAGCAGCACUGGCGAGCAGCGGCAGGUGGUGGCCGUGACCGGGGACGGCACCAACGACGGGCCAGCCCUCAAGAAGGCAGAUGUGGGCUUUGCCAUGGGCAUCGCAGGGACUGACGUGGCCAAGGAGGCCUCAGACAUCAUCCUGACCGAUGACAACUUCACCAGCAUCGUCAAGGCGGUCAUGUGGGGCCGCAAUGUCUACGAUAGCAUCUCCAAGUUCCUGCAGUUCCAGCUGACCGUCAACGUGGUGGCCGUGAUCGUGGCCUUCACGGGUGCCUGCAUUACUCAGGACUCUCCUCUCAAAGCCGUGCAGAUGUUGUGGGUGAACUUGAUCAUGGACACAUUUGCCUCUCUGGCCCUGGCGACAGAGCCACCCACCGAGGCGCUGCUGCUGCGGAAACCGUACGGCCGGGACAAGCCCCUGAUCUCGCGCACCAUGAUGAAGAACAUCCUGGGCCACGCGGUGUACCAGCUCACCAUCAUCUUCACGCUGCUGUUCGUCGGGGAGCUCUUCUUCGACAUUGACAGCGGGAGGAACGCACCCCUGCAUUCUCCACCCUCAGAGCACUACACCAUCAUCUUCAACACCUUCGUCAUGAUGCAGCUCUUCAACGAGAUCAAUGCCCGCAAGAUCCACGGUGAGCGAAACGUCUUCCAUGGCAUCUUCAGCAACCCCAUCUUCUGCACCAUCGUCCUGGGCACCUUUGCAAUUCAGAUCGUCAUCGUGCAGUUCGGCGGAAAGCCCUUCAGCUGCUCCCCCCUGUCCACGGAGCAGUGGCUCUGGUGCCUGUUCGUUGGCGUUGGGGAGCUGGUCUGGGGACAGGAACUGGUGAGAGGAAGGGAUGUGGGCCGCACCAGUCCCUGCUGGACCACCCUGUCCCCUUCGGAAACAGCAUGUACAUGCGCACACGCACACACACACACACACACCCCUUGCCCAAACCACAGGCCACACACACCUCCAGCUCCCUUGCACACUCACUGGGCCUCCCCACCUGGGCCACAAAUACUGACCGUCAGCCACCACAGAUCGGCUGGAAAGCCCCGGCCUCGUCUCAGAAGGGUCUUGCCACCACCACCCAGAGAGGUCUGCAGGAGGCUCAGCUACAGUCAAUUGAGGACAGAAAUGAUCCGGGUGGUGAAAGCAUUCCGUAGCUCGCUCUAUGAAGGCCUGGAGAAACCGGAAUCCAAGACCUCCAUUCAUAACUUCAUGGCAACGCCCGAGUUUCUGAUCAAUGACUACACCCACAACAUCCCACUCAUCGAUGACACGGACGUGGAUGAGAACGAGGAGCGCCUGCGGGCCCCCCCACCCCCGUCCCCCAACCAGAACAACAACGCCAUAGACAGCGGUAUCUACCUGACCACGCACGGCACCAAGUCAGCUACCUCGUCAGUGUUUUCUUCCAGACCCGGGAGCCCGCUCCACAGCGUGGAGACGUCCCUCUAAGGGAAGGGCUCUGGGCACACGCACACCGCACACACGCGCACUCGGCCCGGAUGGCACAGGCCUGCAAGGAGAGCAUGGCCAAGGCGGCUGAAGAUGGUGCUCGCACGGCACUAGCAAGAAGCCACUCCACCCAAGGCUUCUUAUCUGGGACUGAGCAGGACGAGGGAGAAACUAGAGCGUGAGAAGAGCCGUGUUUCCCUUUUUUCUAUCGAAGCAUUUUUUUAACGAACACUACAGUUCCUCCGGACGUUCGCUGUUUGGGCUGUGCGGUGGGGCGGGGGCUGGUUCCAGCUGACUGGGCGUUUCCCUGCACCUGCCGGAGAGCAGUUGGCCCGAUAGGUUCAUACAGAAAGAAAAAGGAUGACCGUGGCUCGGCAGGGCCCGGAAGGUUGCCCCGCCCGGACAGCCUGUCGCUGGGAGCCGCCUGCAAAUGUACCUGCGCCACCAAGCGCCCCUCCCCCAGGACACAUGUGCGGUCUGUAUGUGUGUGCGUGUGUGCGUAGAUAUGCGUGUGCGUAUAGACAUGUACGUACAUAUAUGACCAGAUGCGUAUUUAAAGAAUAAGGAGCUAUUUAUCAGCAUGAUAUUUCCAUUCCUCUUAUCAGGUGUUUUCAUUUUGAAAUUUCAUUAUUUAUUGUGGCAGGGUUUUUUUUCGGGGAACGAGACUGCAAGAAUAUCUUUUUGGUUGCUUGCCCGCCCCCCACCGCUGCCCCCCACCUUCUGCCCAGCCUCCGUUCUCCAUCCCAGUCCUCCUCCCCGCACAGUUCCUGGGAAUGUUGCUGUGGAGAUUCCUGAGAAGGUCGGGGAGAGAGACACGAGGCCGGAGCGGUUAGAAUUAGAACUUUUGCACUUUGAGACCCCUGCCUAUAGAGGGGGAAAAAAAAAAAACCUUUCAAUGGAAUUUUUUUAUUUAAAAGGAAAAUACCAAAGUAUUGAUAAGAAUGAUCCCCUCCAGUAGGUGGAAAGGGGAGUUUUGCUUUCAGUUUCCUUCGGUUUCAACUCCAAGUCCUGAAUUCUGGCUGGUGGGCUUUCUUUGUCCACGCCCCAGCUUCAACAGCAUGAAGCGCUGCCGCCCCCUGCCACGCCGACCCCUUGGAAACACCCAGAAUCCGGGAGCAGCCCCAGGAGAGCCAGGUCUGGAGGUGGGGGUGGGGCUGGGGGUGGGGAGACCACCAAGAGUCAGGCAGAAAGUGGCGGAGGAAGAGGUGCCCUCCAAACCCAAGAGGAGCUGACGUGACCGCAACCGAGAAGUUGGGCUGAGGGGUCUGCCGAGUGACUGGGGCCAGGUCUCAGUCACCACCCGCCAAAGCACUCUUCCGACCCGGGGCUUCUCGCUCAAGGACAACUAUGACCCACAAAGGCAUGGAUUUGUGUCUGCAGCCACCUACGGUGACAUGGGGGAAGCAGGCGCAGGAGCAAAGCCCCUGGGAGCAAUGGCACCUCGCCGUCGUCGCUCCGGUCACAGCUGUGGCUCUGUCUCACGAGCCCGGGAGGCUGAGGAGGUCAGCUUCGCCGCGCCGGCUGAGCACCCUGUCUGCAGGAGGGAGAGCUGGGCCUGGGCUCCCCAGACGGUUCCCUCGGGGACCUCUCCUUGCCGUAUGGGCACCCGUUGUGCCAAGCCUCAGUUUCCCCGGAAUGCACGCUGACCAGGGAGGGAAAUGCAGCAAAAGCAGAGUUUCCUUUACCUUCUGAAUUCAUCUGUCGCAUUUUGCAGAGAGGCAGUUGAAGUCCGACCGCAGCGUGAACAUGUGCCUAUCACUUGGGCCUGAGGCUGAGCCACCGAGGGACAGCCGGGAGCUGAGGGACACGGGUCAGAAUGGAAAUGCAGGUGUGGGUGAGCAGCAAGGCCGGCUCACCCGUCAUGUCCCCUGUGCUACCCCCACUGGCAGGGGACUCGCCCAAGGCCACCUGCCUCUGUGAGCAUCUGGGUCGACAUCCAAAACAUGCUCAGUUCCUACCGCUAACCUGAAGGCCAUGUCACCCCUGAGCAGGAGUAGUCAAAUCUCGGGCGAAGGAAUUCCAGUUAGACAAGAAAAUCCCACUUAAGAUGCCAGCUACAGAUAACUUAAAGCCAUCCCUUUAUUCCAAAGGGCACACUGAGAAUGUUACCCAUUUGUGAAUUGUUCCCUAAUGUCCUUGUUUAAACAACAAAAAGGGCAACUCAAUUUGUUGAGGGUCUGUGUGUUCUUAAACUAGAAAUAAAAUUGGAAAUCUUUCAAAUUGAAGAAGGUAA